UAUUGUCAAUAUUUUAUCAAUAUCAAUAAAUGUUUCCUAAAUUAUCUUUGUUCUUAUAAUUUGAACCGUUAAAAACUCAAAUUAAGGACGGAGAUUAUAAUUUUCGUACCAUUUACAUAUUAGAUAGUUCAAAAUGGGCUCUGAGCAGUCCAUGCCUCCUAAGAAUCAGGCACAAAGGGCCCCACCUGUUAGACGAGGCUACACGAUAGCUGGCACAAAUGUACCAGAUUCUCAUAGAAGCGGUGAUGCAACAACCAGUGGUAAUAACUCUCCCGGAGCCAGCAUAUGUUCAGACUCUGAGUUACCAUAUAUAUCAUAUACUGUUGAUCGUCCUAUUGGAGAUUCACCAAAGCACUCAUCAAAGAAUCAACGAAUGGCAGAGAAUAAAAAGUCUCUUCUCCAGCGGCGCCAGAUGAGUCUCCAAGCGCGGAAAAACAAACGCGCCCGUGAUAUUGUUGUUGUCAAACCUGCAUCUGAUACACAGUUGGAUGAAGAUAUACAAAGAUUACAGGAAAUCCCUACAUUCCUCCCAAUCAUGAGGGGUACUCUAGGUUUGCCCGGUGCUCGUGAUCCAGAGGUGAUAGCUGGAUUAGAUUAUAGACCAUGGGUUCGUAUGACGACCCGUCUGCAAGCACAUCUGUCUGCCUGCGCACAGCCCAUAGCAGCAGAUCAAGUCACACUCGUCACUAAAGUAAAAGAGAUCGAUGCGGAGAUCUCCCGUCUCUAUUCAUUGUUAGUGGAGAGACAGAGAGCGAACGCGCGGCAUGCAGAGCGCCUGUCACGGGUACGGGAGGUGGCACACCAUUUAUCUAGAUGCAGGUCUCUGGUCAACCAGUCAUUACAAGAUAUUGAAGAAUUGAAUCUUUUACUUCCUGAGAACAAAAGAUUGGAACCUUUUGUAUGGAACGAAGAAAAUAGCUCAUAAUUGAUAUAUUAUAUAGCAAAGUUAUAUAUAAAU